AAGAGCUUUAUUGAGUUUUGCCAUUAAUCAAGCCACAACUCCUUCAAUUUUCACGCCGUGUGCAAGUCAUGGAUCUCAGGAUAUUGCGAAGACCUGUCGUCGAUGUUUUAUCCGCAAAACCUCAAUGUCUACUGUCUUUAAACGCCUCUGCCCGCCGACAUGAAUCCACUUACAGACGUACCAAGCAACGUUUAAAUGUCAAACCAGAUCCAAAUUUUGUGCCAACAGAUGGAGCAUUACAAGAUCACAUCAUAUUCAAUCCGCCAUCUUCAUCUCCAUCCGUGUUCCACACCCCUCUGAAAUUCCUUCCCAAGGAGGAUAAGAGAAGGAAGCUUCUAGCGAUCACCCAAGAACGACUUAAUGCUUUCUCACAUCGAUUACCACCUCUAGUCAACCCGAAACAACUGAAGUAUGAGAGACAUCAUUUGAGUGAAAAGGAUGUGGCAGAGAUCAGAAGAUUAAGGGGCGAGGAACCAGAGAAAUGGACAAGGUUACAAUUGGCUAAGAAGUUCAAUUGCUCGUCGAUAUUUAUUGGUAUGAUUACCGAAGCAUCAGCGGAGAAGAGAGAUUUGGAGAAAGAGAAGUUGGAAGCUGUGAAGGCUAGAUGGGGACCGACGAGAACAGCAGCCCGCGAGAACAGGCAAAGGAGGAUUGAGUUGGCAAAGAGGGAUGAAUGAGGAGUAUGAGGAGGCGCGGAUGCUUUGGAACGAUACCUUUGGUCAACUAUUUGUGGAAGGAAUAUCGAGGGAUUGGCAAGAAAGCGCAGGGUGGUAUGAGUCUGGAAAGACUACACUAUGUUGCUUAUGCGUGUAUAAAAUACGGAAACUCGUUUUCAGAAUGAGCAUUUCGUAUAAUGUAGGAAGAUGUCAAAAAUUUCCAGAUGGGAUUGCAAUUUCAGAACACACUACCACCACUUCUUUUGCAUUCUCACUUUAUACCGCGAAUUUCAUGUGUUCACACCAUAUAUUCGAUUUUAGGGUCCCCAAUAGCUAUCCAUCGGGACUAGAGAAUGCUAUCGUUUUAGUGCCUUGGUUCAAGUGACCCUUGGGACUCAUUAUCAUGGUUAUUCGUUCAU